UUUCAGCCCACUACAAGUGACUCCAGUCCAGAGACUGAUCAGGACUUUGAAAUGACGGCAGAAAUGCUCGUUCAUGAUGUUGACGACGAGCGAACCAUUGAAGAAGAGGAGAGUGGUGAUAUUGGAGAAUGCUUCAGCAAUGAGUUGGAUGAACUUGCUGAGGAGGCAGAAAUUCCAGUAGACCAGCUGUGGCAGAUGUACUGCCCGAGCUCACCGCCCCAGCAACAACAUCACGAAGAUUCCACAGAGACAGAUGGCAGUACGGACGAGAUCCUCAACUCCAGCAAUCUUACUCUUGACAAGGAGGAGAUAGCCCAGGACCUGCUGCCUAACGAGAGUGAGAACAUUGAGGAAGGAACUGGGGAAGAAAGUCUCGAUGAUCUACACAGUGAUCUCUUCCCGGGACCAGGGAGUCAUGCUAGUGACAGCCCUGGUAGUUACGGAACACAUAGACUACUUAGAUGUAAGUCACUUAGAUCCAACACAGCUACUGAUGGAGAUUCUGAUUCAGGCUCUGAAGAUUCAGAUUAUGUACCCCCAGAAGAUUGGAAAAAGACAAUAAGCGUUGGGUCGGAUUAUCAGGCUGUCAUCCCAGACGGAUUGAGUCACUAUGGUGAUGCUCCAGCAUAUGACAAUGAAGACAGGCUACUAUGGGAUCCGAACCAGCUUAACAUGGAACUAGUUGAGAACUAUCUAAGAGAGGUUCAACGACCUCCGGUAGGAGCGAUGGGUGUCAAGUCACUUCCUCAGGGUUGUCAUGUACGAGACGAUGAAAGGACCCUUUAUAUUCUCUUGCAAUGCGGCCACAAUGUUGAUGAGGCCCUAAGGCGUCACCGAAUGCAAAUAGCGCCCCCAAUGGACGAGAUGAGUCUAUGGUCAGAAGAAGAGUGUCGCAACUUUGAAAGUGGGCUAAGAGCGUACGGGAAGAACUUCCAUAUUAUCCAGCUGAACAAGGUUCGGACACGAUGUGUUGGUGAAUUGGUCCAGUUUUACUACCUUUGGAAGAAGACAGCAAGACAUGACUGCUUUGCUAAUCAAGCCAGGCUAUCCAAAAAGAAAUACCAUCUCCAUCCAGGAAUUACGGAUUACAUGGAUCGUUUCCUAGACGAUGCAGAGAGUCUUGUCAGUCCUAUCCCAUCACAGAGUUAUCUAGACAAACAUGGACUCAACAACAAGCUCUCUCAUUCUGUCUCCAUGCUCUCUUCUCUCAAUGGAUCUUCCUCUGCUGAACUCCUGAACAAUGGAUCCCCUGAGGUAGGCGGCCUCAUUACUGGGGACUUGCCCUAUGAAAUGUCAGCAACUGCCACCAGCCAAGACAGUUUGAAACAUGCUGUAGUGUUUGACCCUGAUACCAACGGUUCAGCCAAGCGAAUGAAACUUGAUGCUGGCCCUGAGAAGGAGUUUUUACAUGACCUUAAUGUUAAGGUGGAUUCCAAUAAUAAGGAAGUCGGUGACAAUAUGUUUUCCAAGGACAAUGGAGCCGUCAUGGUUGGUACUCCUAUAGUACCCCACUCAUCCCAUCAGGUAAUCCACUCUCCAACGGUUAAAUCAAUACGAGGGAACCUAACAAUGGUUUCACCAGUGCACAGUGUUUCCUCAGACUCUUUAGCCAACGGUAGACCUCUCGUCAGUAGCAAUAUGCAAGCAACUAAUCCAGUCUCGCAUUGAGGGGCGGAGUCUGCAAAAGUCCCAGUGAUUUUCUCUUCCAGAAAAAAAAACGAUUGUUGGCGUUUUCAACACCAUGGCAAAUAUAUGUGAGCGGUCAAGCACUUCUUUUUCGUGCAAGAUGUGGUCAUCGUUUGUAAGGAGCCUAUAAUCAACAUUAUUUAUUUUUUCUAAGAAUAUAUACUAUUGUAUGAUUCAUAUGUGGCGUUGGAGAUGUGUGUGUUAUUGUUUUCAGAUUUGAUGAUGGGUUUACCCUACUAGUGUCUCAAAAGGUUGGAAUGAUCUUAGUGAAACGGUUAAGUAUUCCAUCGAUUGUACAAGUAUUGGUCCAUUGUGCCAUCCGAACACUCCAUUUGAAUGUUCAACAUGCUAACGUGCGCAUUCCUUGACGUAGGAUUGUUCCCGCAGUGCAUUGAAACAUUCUAGUUAGUGUACACUGGUAUAGGCAAUGCCUCUGGGAACAUUUAUUUGUGCUUCGAACCUGUCUGCCUUGUGAGACACUUCCCUAUUGCCCCUAUUGACUGAUUAGUAAAGAAUCUCAUCACUGCCUGUGUUUGAAUGGUGGAUCAGAGAAUAUUCUGCCAUAGUAAGACACAAUCCUAAUUGGGUAAAUCAAUGACCGCAUAUUUGCAAUGCACUUCUGUCUACAUCCAUACCAUACAGUACAAAUGUAUGUGAAACAUGUAUUACUCCAAGAUGCAGCCCAGCAACACAACAGCCCAGCAACACAACGGUUAAACCACAUGUAUUUUAUGAGACUGAGGUGUAUCCAUGUGGCUAUGACUGUUGCUAAGACUGUCCUAUUUCUCAAUGCAUGAUAAAGCAGCGAUGUAGUCAUAGCCGCUAGCUGUAGCCACCAUUUCAGAUAUGGCAUUUUGUAUUUAAUGAUCAGUCAAUAGGGAGGGUUAGCUGACCCAAAAGUUAAAAUGACAUCAAACCUGCUAAGCACCUAAUGCAAUAUUGACCCAAUUCACCUGACAUCAACAUCGAUGCACCAUUGGUGAGCAAUGUCAAUGUGCGUUAUUCAGUGAAGUGCGCAUUAAAGGGGAUGCGGCGUUUACACGUAAACCCAAUUUGGCAAUCAAAAUGGUGAGCGUGGCACAGUCGCCGGGUAUGAAGUGCGUGCAAGGGGUUGAUAUAUCUUUUGUGACAAUGUGUUUAGCUGCUCUGCAUAAGGCCAGACUGUGAAUGAAGUUUGUACUUUGGUUUAGUUGUUUUGUUUUGUUUUAUUGAAAUGGACUGAAAUUUAAACAGAGAGAUUACAAUAUUAUUAGGAAUAGAAUGACAUUAUUAUUUUAAAAACAUGUUGGGUGCUUGAGCAAAGUAAGUUAUCUUCAUUUAUGCACGUGAUUGGACACUGAACGUCUACUACCUUGUAGUUAGUGAAGAGCUUCUAUGCUUAGUUGAGAUUUUUACACAUUAUUCACACCGAAAAAGACCCAGUUGUAAACCAACCUGUUUACACUGUCACAUCUCUCAAUUCCUUCGGUACGACUAAUGUGCACAAGUCAUCACGGAUGCAGAGGCCGUCAGGCCGACAGCCUUGUCAGGUCGUUAACUUCCGGGUUUAAUGUGUUUCAAGAAAGAAAAAUAA